AUGCGGCUGCAGACUUUCUCAUCUCCCUCUGCUCUUCCUGUUGAUGGAGAUUUGUUCAGCUUCACUGUCACUGCUGAUUUCUCUUCUGAGAACCUAAGAAAGGAGCUAUCCUGUCUGAAAAAGAGUCUGGAGAAGAUCAGCCAGUGGGACAUCAUGACAACAGCUUUACCAGAUUGUGAUGCUCCAGUUUUCAUCCUACAGUCCCCUGAACCUCAGAGCAGAGAAGAGUUUUUACAAUACUCCUGUCCACUCACACUUGACAUAAACACGGCACACAGAGGUCUCCAUCUGUCUGAAGGGAACAAGAAAGUGACAUGUGAGAGGGCAGAGACCAAAUAUCCUGAUCAUCCUGACAGAUUUGACUGCUGGUACCAAGUUCUGUGCAGAGAAGCUCUGGCAAGGACUCGCUUUUACUGGGAGGUGGAGUGCAGGGGAGAUGAAAUUGUGAUAGGAGUCACAUAUAAAGGACUGUGCAGGAAAGGAGGGGCCAGGGAGUGCAGCCUUGGCUACAAUGAGAUGUCCUGGUGUUUGUUGUGCUCUCAUUUCCAGUACUCUGUUUAUCACAAUAGCCAGCAGACUGUAAUGAGCUCCCCCUACAGCCCCAGAAUAGGUAUAUUUCUGGACUGUCCUGCUGGCUGUCUGUCAUUUUAUAGCAUCUCGCAGACAAUGACCCUCCUGCACAAAUUCAACACCUUCUUCACUGAGCCUCUCUAUCUAGGGUUUCGGCUUGGUUGGAACUCAAGUGUAAUAAUUUGCCACCUGACACCAUGUGUCCACUGACCAGUACCCACACUUGAUGGCUACCUUACAUCUCCUUUUUUGAUUUGUAAUUUGGAGUCA